AUGGAGGCCGAAUUAUGCCAGCGGAUGAAGCAUGACCAGGCCGCCGUGACCAUAUACCGGGCCCGGACCAGCCGGCCGAACGUGGCAUACUGGGUGUGGCGGCCGGACAUGACCGGGGUCGGCCGGGGGCCAUAUCAGUGGAUCGAGAGCGAGGCCGUGGUGGCAUUCAUUCAGGACCACAUCCGACGGGCCACCAGGGGGAAGGUGAUCAUAUAUGUGAAUAUCAUCAGGCAGGUGACAGCCAUGGCAUGGGUGCUCGGGUGCGAGGCGUAUUACAGCGAGCAGUUGGACAAGGCUAGGGUGCUAGCGCGGUUCAUGGGGGCCAGCCCAGUGAUCACCGCCACCAGCGCGUUAGGCAUGGGGGUGGACAUCCCCGAUAUCCGCAGCAUCAUUCAUAUCAGGACCCCCCGGACGUUAUUGGAUUACGCCCAGGAGAGUGGCCGGGCCGGGCGCGACGGACAGCGCAGCGAGGCGAUCAUUAUCCAGCCAGCAGGGUAG